AUGGUGAUCCAAACCUUCACCGCCAGCUACCCUGGUCUCUCUACCCAGGCCCGCAUGGUAUCCAUCUUCAUGUGGAUGCUCAUCUUCGGGUGCAAGGCCACGGAGUCAUACUGGUUCUUGACGUUCUCGCUCCGUGACCCAAUUGCCGUCAUGGUACUUCGGCCCGAACCUUUGCAUGACCCGGCUCACUUCACGCUGGCGAUUAUGCAUGUCAUAGACUUCAUCUUGUUCUAUCUCGACAAGUUCUUGCGAUACAUCAUCUGGAAUACGGUGUUCAUUAUCGGCCGGUCGUUCAUGCUUGGCUUCACGUCUACUUUGAAGAUUUCAGCGUCGAAAGACAUGGACGUCAGAUACAAGCCUAAGGUGCGUUUUACUGAUUUUCUCUUGUCGCAUUCGAUGUACCGCGAGCAUUUAUCGACAAGGGCUUCAAGGACAAAUUCCUACCCGGCCGGCAGCGAGACUGAACGUCGAGUCUCGUUUUUCGCCCAGCCCUUCAUCGUCAAUCUCCCGGAGCCUCUGCUGGUCGAUGCCAUGCCCGCGUUCACGCUUCACCCGGUCGAAUGGGACAACUUCGUUCAGGAUAACAAUAUUAUCGCCGAGGAAUCUGCCACGUUCAACGGCGGCAGCAACAGCCCCUUCACUGCCGAUGAGAAGGCUCAGUCGAAGAUGGACGAUCUUCCGGUCCACUGCAUUGGUUCCAAGAGCUUCACACCCUUCGAGUUCACUCUGCGUACCCAUAUUUGGGCUUCGCUUCGUGCUCAAACCCCCGAUCACACGAUCAAGCUCCUAGACCAUGUCGAUAAACCUGAAGUUGUUCGACGGUCCGGAGGCAACACUGAGAGGCUUGAGCGUGAGCCCGAGCGCAUGGCUCGCCGCAAUUUCAACGCGUCUGUUCUCUGCGUCAUUGAUGAUCACUCCGAGUUCACUCUCGAGACUGGCCACCGCCGUCCCAAGUUCCACAUUGAGCUUCCUGGUAAUCCCAUUCUCGGUGACGGGAAGUCCGACAGCCAGAAUCACGCUGUCAUCUUCUACCGCGGCGAGUACUUGCAGCUCAUCGAUGCCAGCCGGGACAACUAUCUCGAGGAAUAUCUCAAGCUUCGGGAUUUAUUUGGGUACUCUGUUUCAUCCCAGAGUCCUUAUGCGCAGUACGGUCACAAGGACUUCCGCAAGCUAUACGUCGUCACGGUUGGCGCGCGCGAGUACCUCUUCUCGGAGAACAUCGGUAUCCUCGGUGAUCUCGCGGCCGGCAAGGAGCAGACGUUUGGUACCCUGUCCGCUCGUGACUGGGCAUGGAUCGGUGGAAAGCUUCACUACAGUCACCCCGAUUUCCUGAACGCUCUGUACAUGAACACACUUGACGGUGUCUCCAAGUCGCAGAAGGGUCUCUAUCUCGACGAGGAUAUAUACGCUGGUAUGAAUGCCUUUGGACGUGGCGCUCGCAUCAAGCAUACGGAGUAUAUCCAGUGCGGCGAGGGUCGUGAUCUCGGUUUCGGAACGACCUCAACUUCCAGACGAAGAUUGGUACGGGAAGAUGAGCAAGUACCCAAACGCGAGUACUACUACCUUGGCACACAGCUCCCAAUUGAUCGGCUCCUGACGUUCUACUAUGCUCACCCUGGGUUCCACAUCAACAAUAUGCCCGUCACCUUGGCCAUGCGGCUCUUCAUUUUGUGUAACUUGACUGAACAUGAAACUGCUCGCGCUGUCGUCCGCUUGGGCAGCCAGUUCCUGUCCCUCUCGCCCCUCAUCGAGGGUUAUUCCACGUAG